GGGAGAAGCAACACGGGCCGAUCACAGGCUCUACUGCCUCUCCACGCACCGUGAGUCCAACACAUCAGCUGCUUCUUCUACCAGACAGACCUUUUGGAUUUACCGCUGAAACAAAGAAAGAGUAGGACCAGCCGCUCCAUCCUGGGAAGGUCAGUGAUGGUCAGUGCUAGUUAGAGCCUGCGGCCAAGGAUGUCUGCUACAGAUUCGGACAACUCCAUUGACUGGCUGGCUAGUGACAAUGAGGACAAUGAGAGUGAACAGGAGCCUGACUGUACCAGAAAGGACAGCCAGACACGGGCGCCUCUAUCCCCCAGCGUCCCACCACACCUGGGCCCAUCUGACAGCAGCUGCCACCGCAGCAGCAAGAUGAAGGAGGAUAACAGUAAAUGGAGCGAGGUCAGGCAGGCCUCCAGCCAGGGAUCUCCCUCCCACUGCACAGAGACAUGGGACAGGGAGGCCAUUGGACUGUGUAAAACACAACAUGGUGAAAAAACAGAUGGCAGAAGCACUCAGCAAGCACUGAAGAGAACUCGCAGCUCUAAAGAGGACGAGUGCAAGGAACGGCAGCUUAUUUCUGAAAAAGAUCAGCUCUUUACCAGUAAGUGCUUGGAGCUUCAGUGCUACAUUCAUCCGCUGUCAUUAAUCUUGAAUGGCCUUCGUUCAGGGAGAUACAGAGAACGACUCAGCAGUUUCCAGGAGAGCGUGGCCAUGGACAGGAUUCAGAGGAUCAUGGGUGUCCUGCAGAACCCUUGUAUGGGGGAGAAAUAUAUUAAUAUCAUUCUUAAAAUGGAGGAAAUGUUGAAGAGCUGGUUCCCUAAUGUAAAACUGCAAGACCAACCUGCUGUCACUCAAACAGAGGAAGGCGUUCCUACAAAAAAACUGAAGCUUUCUCCAUUGACCACCACUGCAGCAGUGAGCCCCAUCACUGCCAGUGAUCCUCCAGUGGGCACCAAAGCCCUGAGAGUCACCGACCUCACUCCCCCUGGAGCCUAUUCUGCCAGUAACCUAAAGUGGCUCCACACAUCGCCCAUCUGCUCCCCAACAGCAGAACAGACCCAGGCUGGCCCCAGGCACCUGCUGCCCCCUAGAGACAGAGACAUAACCCAGGACAGCGCAGUGUCGUCCAGCACAGACAGUCAAACUAAGACAGACUCAGUGCCCAGAGGCCCUCCACCAGGCAAAAUCAAUGCUCCCUGUCUAGAGAGGCUCCUAAAGUCAACAGAAAGCAUCAUCACCCGCAAGGGGACAGGAGGCUUGAUGGACAGCAGCUGGUCCUAGUCCACACAGUGGGCUUGGUGUCCAGCUGAACGUGCUGCACAGCCCAGCCUCGCCUUGUCCACCCUGCAGGGAGCCAGUCAGCUCGCUUCGCCCAUUCCAGCCUUCAGGAACGACGGGAGCCUUCAAAAGGGACAUUACAGAUUCCUUUUAAAUGCGGAAGAAGUGUCGACGAACAUGUUGUACUUCAGUAUGGGAAUGUGCCCUCUCUGACAUUACAAGUGUCUGCUUUAGUUCCCUUUUGUUGACUUAUCUUUGUUUUUCGUUUGCACUCUUGAGUAGUAUGUGUGAGUGUGGGAAAGACAGAUUUCGCAUACUGAGACCACCCCGAGCUGGUGAUUUCAUAAUGAAAUUGUUCCCACUAGCUUGUAGAUGCAAUAAUGCAGUUUGUGUAUCUGUGAAGCUACUGUUUUGCCUAAAAGGGAAAGAUCUGCAAGACUAGUUUGAGCUAGAAGGGAUUAUUUCAGAUAUCCAGACAUGUUAUAGAGGUCUACAUAUUGUGCUGAAAAUGUGGGUUAAAUGUGAUGUUAUUUUCUCCCCCUUAAUGACUCCAUUCUUAAGUUUAUUGAUGUGACUGUUACUCAUUUGUAUACUUUAUUAAUAAGUCUUUUGGUACAACUGUUCUACCUCAGUGGGCACCACGUCAUGGUUAGUGAGAAGGAACGUGAACGAUCAAAGUGUGGACACCUCACCAGAUCUGCAGUGAGCCAAAGGGCCUCUGACAGCGAGGCCAGCCGUACAAGUUACUCUUCUUGUACAAACAGAGGAUGCUCUCUCCGCGGGGAUGCUCUUGUGGCCUGACUGGUGCCAUUGUAAAGAAUGUCAACUGAAGAUUUCUUUCUGAGUCUCCCAAUAGAAGGCAAACAGUGCCUGUAAUGUCAAGCUGUGCCUGUAAGCCGGUUUAAUAACGAGAGAGAACCGUUCUGAAUACCUGCUCCUCUGUGGGAUGUACAAAUCAGGAAUUCUCACUCUCCUGCCAUUUUCCUGUAUCACCUAAAUUAUUAAGAUCUUGCCAACUACUUUCUGUGGUGGAGUAGAACAAUUCUUUUAUUUUGCCACAGAACUGGACAGUAUGUUAGACCAGCAGAGAGGGAUAAGGUAUUUCUCUGUGUAAAUCUUAGAGAAAGGUUGUUGAUUUACCCUGAAAAGUGGCCUUUAUAGUGUGAAAUUUUAUACUUUCAAAAUAAAUGUGGUUAUAUUUGUUUGAUGCAAA